UAAACUCCAUCAUUUGACAUAAAAUUGGUGUACAACCCAGUGAGUGGAGAGGAGAUUGAGAAGCAAUGAAGCAAGAGGUUUCUCCAACCGCCACCACCACCUCCACCACCGCCACAAAACCCCAAGGCAACCCAAGAGCCGCCACCUCGUCCCGUCUCAGGGCCUCUUCUAAACCAAAGGACUCCCAUACUUUGAUUAGGAACAACAAUAACGGGAAUAGGGUAUCCCCACCGUUACUCCCAAAACCAACUCCAAAUUCCAAGCCUGUUCUUGCGAACAAACCAAAACCCAGAUCAGGUGUCGAGCAAUUUUCCCGUCCCACACGGCGGCAGAAUACUCCAGAUCUUAAAAACUCUGAUUUGGGUGGGAAGAAAGAAUUGGAUGAGAAAGUUGACCAGGAGAAGAGGAAGAGUGAAACCCUGAUCAGGGAUUUGCAGACCGAGGUGUUGGAAUUGAAAGCAGAUUUGGAUAAAGCACAGAGGUUGAACGAGGAGCUCCAGCUGUGUAACAGAAAGCUCUCUGAAGAGCUUGCUGCUGCUGAAGCAAAACUCGCUUCUACUCUCAUCACUCCUCCUCAACAGACGACUCCUACAUUUAAAGACAUUCAAAAGCUCAUUGCCACCAAAUUGGAUCACUCCAAGGUUACGAAUGAGUCAACCAGUGAUGCAAGGCCUACAACUAGGGCUCUAAUGGCACCAGAUAUACAGUCAGUUCCAGUGGCCUCUGCAGAUUUACAGAGAAAGGUUGCUGCAUGCCACUUGCUGCCGCCGCCACCACCACCUCCCCUGCCUAGGGCCACACUUAAAGGAGCUAUCAUUCCAAAAGCUCCACUAAUACCCCCCUCAGGAUCUCGGAAUCAUGAUAAGCCGGUGGUUAUGAGUGCACAUAGUAAUUUAGUAGGGGAAAUACAAAAGCGGUCCACACACCUUUUAGCUAUAAAAACAGACAUUGAAACAAAAGGCGAGUUCGUAAAUAGUCUCAUCCAGAAAGUGUUGGAUGCUGCUUAUUCGGAUAUCGAAGAUGUUUUGCAAUUUGUUGAUUGGCUUGACGAUCAACUCUUGUCACUGGCUGAUGAGAGGGCAGUGCUGAAGCAUUUCAAGUGGCCUGAGAAGAAAGCAGAUGCCAUGCGAGAAGCUGCAGUUGAGUAUCGUGGCCUCAAACUCUUACAAAGUGAACUUUCUUCACACAAGGACGACCCGACCAUUCCGUGUGCAGUUACUUUCAAGAAGAUGGCUGGCUUGCUUGACAAGUCAGAGAAGAGCAUACACAGAUUGAUUAAGUUGCGAACCUUUGUUAUGCUUUCUUAUCAACAAUUCAAAAUUCCAAUUGACUGGAUGCUUGACUCUGGAUUUAUUAGUAAGAUAAAGCAGGGUUCUAUGAUGCUUGCCAAGAUUUAUUUGAGGAGAGUAACAACGGAGCUUGAAUCUGCCCAGUAUUUAGAAAGGGAAUCGACACAAGAAGGCCUACUGCUUCAGGGCAUCCAUUUUGCUUAUAAGGUGCACCAGUUUGCUGGAGGGCUUGAUUCACAAACAUUGUGUGCUUUUGAAGAAAUAAGACGACGCGUCCCGGGACACCUACGAGAAUCUCAAGCUUUGUUGACUGGCAUACCAUAAACAUAGGACUCUAAUUGAGGAUCAUCGUGUUCACUAUAGCUUCGAAUUUGAUAAAGACUAGUGACGAUGCUCUUCUCUCUCUCUUUCUGCCCAUUCUUUCGACCAAUAAUGUUGGGCAGUGGAUGUUUUUAAAGGACUUUUAGCUGGUGUACAAAAAUAUACAUGAAAUCUUUUGAUCUGGUUAGCCUCUUUUUGUAUCAAUCACAGGUAUAGAAUUCAGUAUUGUCAAUAUGCCACGAACAGAUUUCUUCAUUUGGAGAUCGAUUAAUUGGCGCCCUAGAACAAGCAAAGGAGUCGAACAAGGCUCUAUGUAAAGGCUGGAUUGACUUUGCUUAGUUGACAUUCAUUCAAUAUAAGCGUACUACUUUUGUCCAGAA